UUCUGGGCUUGGGGGGGUCCCCAGGGUGCUGCUGCGUCCCCAGCACAUGUCCCCAUGUCGCAGGAGACCUCUGUGAGGUCACAAUGGUUGGGCUCUACAUCUUCCUCCUGGGGCUGGUGCUGCCCCAGUUUCUCAUGGCUUUUGCCUGGAGGAGCAGCGUGUCGAUCCGGGGGAUCCUGCUGCCCAUGCGGAGGAUGAGAGCGCUCACAGCUCUCUGCCCAUGCGUGCGUUCCCAGUCCAGACCUGCGCGUUCUGAGGACAGAGGCGGGGUGACGGGGACUGUCCCUGCGGCCGUCACUACCUUUGUGGCCGUCGGGACUUCUCUGCUAAAGCGACUGCAAGACCAUGAGGGUGACCGAGUGGAGACGUACCGGGAGCUGGAGAGCGUCUUGUGGGGAGACGACGGCUGUUUGACGAGUGGCGUUGUGAACCGCCUGAUAGCAGAGGCGUUGAGUGACAUGCGAGCGGCCCAGGGUGUGACAGGUGACGUGAAGAUGGCCGCGAGUGACGUCCUGGUAGCUCUGGCCCGCUCCCACUUCCACUUUGUCAUGUCGGAGCUCCAGAGCCACCUGAAGGCCAUGAGGAAGGUCCCUGAUGAGAUUGUGCUCCUCACCUUGGGCAAAAUGGCCCGCAGAUAUGCCCUGCGGUGCAUCCCCUUUGUGGGAAUGACGCUGCUCGCCCUGCGCACCGUGCUGACCCAGGUGGGGAGCGGCGAGGUCCUGCAUGCCGUCUGCAGUGUUCUGGAGCAAUGGUCGAAAGGAGUCCAUACAUACUUGUGCAGCUGGGAGCAAUGCCCCUUCCCUCGCAAGGGGGUGGCACAGUUCUGUGAAGCCAUUUACCCGGUCUUCCGCUAUGUGGUGGCAAAUUGGCUGGACUGCAAGGAGGAAGAGGACAAGCAGGCUGUCCUCGGGGCAGUGGCUGCCAUGCUGGGGGUCCUUCUGCAUGAGGAGCAGCACCGAGACCAUACCUGGGAGCAGCUCCUCUGGCUCCUGCAGCAAUACAAGGAGGUCCGAGACACCUCCCGGGUCACCAAGAGCCUCAGCUAUGUCCUGGAGAUACUGGUGGGAGUUCAGACCCCAAUCCCGCAGAGCACGGCUCUUGCCAUCAGCACCGCUGUGCACCGCCAGCUCUCUGAUGUGACCGAGGAGCCUGGCCUGGCCCAGAAGGCAGUGCUGUCCCGCUGCAUCAUGCUGCAGGCACGAAUGCGCCCCGAGGAGACAGGCAUGUUUCUGCACUCCCAGCUGAGCGGUGAGAGUGAGGCCAGUCGCGUGGCAGCCCUGGGCCUGCUGGGAGUGCUGGCCCACUCUGACGGACCUGCGGCGAGAGGGAAGCUGCCCCAGGUGGUGGAGGCCAUGUGCUCGUUGUGCAGUGACCCCAGUGCCCAGGUGCGGAGGGCAGUUCUGGAGUUCAGCAGGGAGCUGCUCAGCUCCGGAUCCCAGAGCUGCUGGCCAUGGGAUGUGGUGGGGCACAUCUUCAGCGAGUUCAGCCGGACCUCGGGCAGACUGGUGGCAGGAGGCCUUUUUGCCUGGGAAAACCCAGAGGAUAAAGCAAUUCGAGCCCUGUGCAUGGACAUCCUGGGCUCCCUGGACGUCACUCUGAGAGGGAUGACCAAACUCCUGUGGCCGAGGCUGCUGCAGUACGUGGUGCCAGCCCAGUACAGCGGCAUGCUGAUCCCGCUCUCCCGCUGUCUCCGAGCCCUGGUUGAGAGACGGGAGAGAGCGGGGUGCGAGGAGGAGGAGGAGGAGCCGGAUGCCAUGGACUCCCAGGAGCAAGCCCGGCUGCCGGCUCCCCAGGCCCUGCUGGCUCGACUGCUGGUGGUGGCGGCAGCUCCUUACCCGAGCCGCGAACGCGCAGUCGCUGCCUUGCAGCUGCUGCAGGCCCUCCACGGCAGGAUCCACAGAGGCUUGGGGGUGGCGUGGGCGACCGAGAUCCCCCUCCUGCUGCAGUACCUGGAAGGCAGAACUGAGAGCUCCCUGGCCUCUGCAGAGUGGGAGCGCCGUGUGCUUAAGUUUCUGCGAGCGUCGCUGGAGCCCGUCGAGGACGAGGCCUGGACCGUAGGCCUGAGCCAGGAGCUGAGCCAGCGGCUGGGCAGCUCUGCUGCCGGCUCCUGGGAGAAGCUUUUCCUGUACAAGGCUCUUGGGACGGUGCUGGCAGCUUGUCAGGACCUCAGACACGUCCAAGGGCAGGUGCUGAGGUUCCUGCGGGACACAAACCCUGUGGAGCUGUCUGAGGCCAAGGGAAUGAUUUCUGUUGUGUCCCACGCUGCCGAGAGCCACUUCCACCUGGUCCUGGGCACGGUGACUAUGUUCUCUGCCACUUUCACCAGAAACUGGUCCUACCAGGCUUCCACGGGCUGGAAGGUACAGCGGCGGCAGAAGAUGGAGAGAACCCAGACCAUUCGUGCUGCUCUCAUGCGCACCUACGGCGGCAUCGCACUGCACGCCCCCAAGGAGCAGCUGCUCACCUGUGUGGAUAAAGACAUCAUGGGCAACAUCCUGAGGCUGUCCAGAGAUAAACAGAGGGUAGGAGCACAGGGCGCACCUCCCAAGGAGGGGUUUGUCCUCAACGUCCAGAUGCAAGCCCUCCGUGGGUUCCCCCUGCCCAUGCUCCUCUUCCACCUCUCAGCCCUUCAAAGAGUUCAAGGGGUGCUUUGCUCUCUUUGGCCUCAGGACUUGCAGCUCAAGCUCGCCCUGGUGCAGAGCAUCGCCGAGGUCAGUUGUGCCAUCCAGGCUGUGGGCGACUGCGGCAGCUUUGAGCUCUCCUUAAAGCAGGAGGCGACGCGGACCCUGCUGGCCUGGAUAAAGAGGGAGCCCUGGGACUCGCUGGUGUAUGGAGUGUUUCAGGCCCUGGAGGAGUUGAGCAAGCUGAGGCCGCCUCUGAGCGGGAAGGAAAAUCGCAACCUGCUGGCAGUGUGCUGCCAGAGUGUUUUGUCCCAUCCUUCCGAGGAGCGGAUGAAAAAGGGAAGGAAGAGUGUGAGGGCAGCUGUGAACAUGGAGCUUCUGCACAGGAGAGGCAUGGAAGAUCUGGGCCACCUCAUAGAAACCCUUCUGGAGGCUGAGGCGACCUCUGCCUGCUUUGACGACGUGGUCCACGUCCUGAAGGGCUGGCUCACCUCAGCCAAAGAAUGGGAGCGGGAGAGAGCCCUGCAGGUUUUCACCCACGUGCUGGGCGCUUGCAAGGAGCGAUGCGAGCUCAUGAGAGGAUGUCCCUACAAGCACUUCGGCUCCCUGGUGGGACUGCUGGGGUCUCUGACCAGCGACUGCCUGGCCACGUGCCGCCAGAGGGCAUGGGUCUGCCUUGGCUACCUUCUCCAAAUGCAAGCCAAGAGAAUGAAGGUGCCGCAGACAGAUGAGAUCUGGUGCCUUUGUGAGGAGCUGAACAGCCCGCACACCGAGACUUCGGCAGAGACCUGUACCGAAAUAACAAAGGCUGUUUGCAGAUGCAUCCCUGCAGCACAGGCUGUGGACUUUCUGACUGCCGUCCUGGGCAGCUUGCUGCAUGUCAUGCCCCCAUGUGCAAGAGCAGUGUGGAAGUGGGUGUUCGUCUUCCUGGUGGAAUGCAGAAAGGAAAUAGUCCAGGAGGUGCCAAAAAUCUUGGACACCCUUUACAGCUACAUGCAGCAGAGCACCCACAGGCCCUUCCUGCUCCAUGCAGUGUUUCUCCUCACCCGCUUUCACCAGGAGCCCGUAAUCAGCAGUCUCCUCCAGAAGAGUCUCUUCAUGGACAGUGACACGGUGGAGCUGUGGAGGAGCCUGGGGAGAAGCAUCCUUGGGAUUCGGAUCCUGAGGUGCUUAGCGGAGAAACUAAACAGAGCAGGAAACGACCGCCCGGGGACGGGCUCCUCCACUUGUGAGCGGCACGACCGUCAGACUGCUCUGGAGACUCUGACGAUCACCUGUGCCAUCUCCGAGGUGGUGCUUGCCCUGAGGAGCACGGAGGAGCUCAGGCAACUGCUUCCCCACCUCCUUCCCAGCCUCCUGAGGUGGGCCAGUGAAAUGCUGGGUGAGGAGAGGCUGCUUUUGCUCAUGAGCAGCUGGGGAGAACUGUUCCUCGAGUGCCAAAUGCACGUGGAGAAGCCGUGCAGGGUUUUCCUUUCAGCUCUAGAGUUGGUGCUGGGCAAAUGCAUGGCGCAGAAAUGGAUGCAGCUGCUCGUGAAUUGGGCAGUGUGGGCUCGCCUGGAAGACCCCCUGGCUCACCCUGAGGGGGUGUGUCUCCUGAGCAGGUAAGAGCCCCAGGGAUGCAUCUGGCCAACUCCUGCAGG